CUCUCACUUUGCUGCCUUUGCGCAAAACACACCACAAAUCUGUCUCCACCUACUUCACGAAUCUGCCUCCACCUAUUUUACAAAUACCCCUCCCCCUACUCCCCACCCUCUCCCAACCCACCGCCAGACACAAUCGCCCACCAUGGCAACGCAAGACUAUUACAAGAUCCUCGACGUCGACUCCAAAGCCACACAACAACAGAUCCGCGACGCCUACAAGAAAGCAGCUCUGAAGCACCACCCGGAUCGUGUACCGUCAGAUUCACCAGAGCGCGCAGCACGCACAAAGCGCUUCCAAGCCAUCAAUGACGCCUACUACACCCUCUCUGAUCCCACUCGAAGGAGAGACUACGAUGCCGCCCGCACAUACAACAACUGGACGGGAAGCACGGCGACACCAGACGAGACGUGGGAGGAGGAGAUCCCGCAUACGGCUGGCGGCCAGGGCGCGGGUCAGCAAGGAGCCGGGGGAUUCAACUUUGGCAGUUUCCCGUGGUCGGCGUUUGGCUUUGGAGGCAGCGGGAAGCCAGCGGGCAAUACAGAGGAGUCGCACAAUAAGUUCAGCGAAGAGCAGUUCGGCGGUAUCUUUGAGGAGAUGCUGCGCGAGGAAGGCAUGGCCGACCAAGACGCCGGUCCUACAGGGAAAUUCUGGAGUGUCGUUGGUGGGCUGAGUGGUGGCGCGAUGGGCUUUAUUGUUGCGAAUUUCCCGGGCAUGGUUGCUGGCGCGGUUGCGGGGAAUAGGCUGGGUAGUGUGAGGGAUGCGAAGGGGAAGAGUGUUUAUGCCGUGUUUCAGGAGAUGCCGCAGGCGGACAAGGCGAGGUUGUUGAGUAGUCUUGCGGCGAAGGUGUUGAGUAGUGCGGUUAGUGGUUAGGACCUGACUUCCUGAGCGCUGAAAGUGUCUUUGGUGAGUGGUUGGGACGAGGUUUUCUUGGUAAUAGUAUGAUGUGAUAUCCUAUGGUGAAGGGCUGGGGGGGUUUGGGUUUGUCUAACGCACGCUAAGAUGGAAAGUACUGGUUUGGUUGCAAAGAUAAAAAUCGUUUUCUAUUUACUCCAAAAACGCCUAGGGAUAUCUCUAAUGUGCGCGAAUGU